AUGACAAAACGUAUACCGAAAACUGGGACAUGCCAACUUUUAGGGCCCGUCUCCUUAGUCAUUCAGUUACUGAUGGGGAUCCUUGUAGUAAUAGUAUUACUCAUCAAAAGAGAGUACGAACAUCCAAGAAGGAAACUGAUCGUUUGGUGCUAUGACACAGGGAAACAGAUUGGUGGUUCGUUGAGUAUUCAUUUUAUUAAUUUGGGAUUGAGUAUUAUAAAGAAGAAAAGACAGAUUAUCGUUAGUAUUUUAUUAAAGGAGAAAAGUAUAUAUAAUUUAUUAGACUCUUCUAGCGAUGAUAGCAACGGUGAUGACGAUCAAUGUGAUUGGUAUUUCUUAAAUUUAUUAUUAGAUACUACUUUUGGGAUACCCAUUCUGUGGUUAGCUCUUAAAUUGUUACAAAGAAUUUUAAGUUAUCUCAAAAUACAAAAUGUUGAGAGUGGUAAUUAUUAUUCGACAGAUGAUAGAAACAUUCAUAAAAAAAUAUUGUUUAGUGCAUUUUUAAGACAAUUAUUGGUGUUCAUCACUGGUCUAAUCGUAAUGAAAUUCUUCGUAUUUUUAUUCCUGAAUUUCUUCGAAGACGCAGCAUAUUGGUUCGCUAACAUAAUACUUGGCUGGGCAGACAAAUGGCCAAACUUCCAAGUGUUUUUAGUGAUGUUUGUGUCACCCGUAUUAUUAAAUUGUUUCCAAUAUUGCUGUAUUGAUAACAUUAUAAAAUUACAUAGUGUGGAUUACACUAAUAUUGAUAAUUUUGAACAAGAGACCUUAUUUAGUGAUGACGAUUACGACCAUCAGUCAAGUUCCCCCGCCAGUGAUAACUUCCUAACGAAGUUCAGAAGAUAUCGUCGUGUGAGCAACAAUGAUUCAUCACUCUAUGGCAGUAUCAACUGA